AUGACGUCACGUGGGCGCAGGCUCUCGGCGCAGCGCUGGGGGGUCCCCGGCACCCCAGCNCUGCUGGCCGCCGCCCUGCCCAGGUCUGCACCCAACGACAUUCUGGGCCUCCGCCUUCCCCCGGAGCCUGUGCUCAACGCCAACACCGUGUGCCUGACAUUGCCGGGCCUGAGCAAGCGGCAGAUGGAGGUGUGUGUGCGCCACCCUGAUGUGGCUGCCUCAGCCAUCCAGGGCAUCCAGAUUGCCAUCCACGAAUGUCAGCACCAGUUCCGGGACCAGCGCUGGAACUGCUCUAGUCUUGAGACUCGAAAUAAGAUCCCCUACGAGAGUCCCAUCUUCAGCAGAGGUUUCCGAGAGAGUGCCUUCGCCUACGCCAUCGCCGCAGCCGGCGUAGUGCACGCGGUUUCCAAUGCGUGCGCCCUGGGCAAGCUGCGGGCAUGCGGCUGUGACGCGUCCCGGCGCGGGGAUGAAGAGGCCUUCCGUCGGAAGCUGCAUCGCCUGCAGCUGGACGCGCUGCAGCGCGGUAAGGGCCUUAGCCACGGGGUUCCCGAGCACCCAGCCCUGCCCCCUGCCAGCCCUGGCCUGCAGGACUCCUGGGAGUGGGGCGGCUGUAGCCCCGACGUGGGCUUUGGAGAGCGCUUCUCUAAGGACUUUCUGGACUCCCGGGAGCCUCACAGAGACAUCCACGCGCGCAUGAGGCUCCACAACAACCGAGUAGGAAGGCAGGCCGUGAUGGAGAACAUGCGGCGGAAGUGCAAGUGCCACGGCACGUCAGGCAGCUGCCAGCUGAAGACGUGCUGGCAGGUGACGCCGGAGUUCCGCGCGGUGGGGGCGCUGCUGCGCAACCGCUUCCACCGCGCCACGCUCAUCAGGCCGCACAACCGCAACAGCGGCCAGCUGGAGCCCGGCCCGGCGGGGGCGCCCUCUCCGGCCCCGGGCGUUCCGGGGCCACGCCGCCGGGCCAACCCUGCAGACCUGGUCUAUUUCGAAAAGUCGCCCGACUUCUGCGAGCGCGAGCCGCGCCUGGACUCGGCUGGCACCGUGGGCCGCCUGUGCAACAAGAGCAGCGCAGGCCCCGACGGCUGCGGCAGCAUGUGCUGUGGUCGCGGCCACAACAUCCUGCGCCAGACGCGCAGCGAGCGCUGCCACUGCCGCUUCCACUGGUGCUGCUUCGUGGUCUGCGAGGAGUGCCGCAUCACUGAGUGGGUCAGCGUCUGCAAGUAGCGGAGGGCUCCCCUUCCUGACACCGGCCCUUUCUCUGCUGCUUGCCAUCUUGACAGAGUCGCCCUGGCUCCUGAGAGAGGAGGUUGAACCACAUGAUCUUAUAGGAACCUCCCGGUUCUAAGGGUCGUCAAGUUUGUAAUCCUGGGAAGGUCUAGACCUCAUCACUCACGUCUGUGGGCUCCAGGACUGACUUGCCUCCCCAUCCCUGUCCCAAGCUCAGACUGCUCAGACAUGGCUUCUGCCUGGAAAGUGUCAGCCAGGCAGCCCCAAACCUGUCUCCUUUCAUUCCUUCACCCUUUCCCCUGGAGUGCGAGGGAAUGAAUCAGCUGAUGGGCAAGGGGAAGGGGAUUACAAAGAAGAAAUGGACAUAACUGAGCUGCAGUGAUUCUAGAGAGGCCCCAGGCACCCUCCCCGACAGGCCUCGGCCCCUCGCCAUUCAAUUAACAAGUAUUUAUUUUGCACUCUUUGUGGCCCGGUACUCUUCAGGGGAUGAGGGGUGCUGGGAUGUGAAUAAGAGAGACGGCAC